AAGGGUACAAACCCAUUUGAUAUUUUACCAGAAGGCUGGGUUGUGGUCACUCAUAAUAGUGGUAUGCCUGUUUACCUACAUAAAGAUACACGUGUAUGUACUAUGUCACGACCAUAUUUCUUAGGUCCUGGUAGUGUCAGGCGCCAUGAUAUUCCUGUUAGUGCCAUUCCAUGUCUUCAAUACAGAAGAGCUUUGCUUAAGGAAGUUGAGGAAAAAUCAGAAACUGUAGUCCCAGAUGCAUAUGCUUCUGAUCAUUCCAAAGAAACAUGUAAAACUGAAGCAGAAGAUGAAGAAAAAACUUCACAAGUUACUGCUAGCUCAGAAGAACCUGUAACAAUCAAAGAAGAAAAUAUGGAAAUUCCUGAAAAUUGCAAAGAAAAUGAUGAUUCUCUAGAAGUAAGACAAUAUUGUAAAAAACUAUUCCAGUUUACAAGCAUUACUGUUAAAAAAUAUAAGACGUGGAAAGACAGAAGAGUUCAUAUGAAGAAGCGAUUCCAUAGACAAAGUACUGAUCUCACAAAUUCUAUUCUUCAGCCGUCCAAUACUAAAUUAUUGAUAACCUGUCCUGUUCCUCCAACAUCUAAAACUGAGUUUGUAUUAAAUCCAUCAGGGAAAUCCUAUAUCUGUAUUCUACAUGAAUAUAUCCAACAUACCAUGAGAGUUCAACCUCGGUACAAAUAUAAAGAAUUAGAGAAUUCCUUAACACCAUUCAGUGCCACAGUGUUAAUAGAAGAUAUAGAGUAUGGAACAGGAUAUGCUUCUAGUAAAAAGGCUGCUAAAUUACAAGCAGCUAAGACCACAUUAGAAGUAUUAAUACCAGAUAUGAACAAAGUAACACAAGAAUCAACUCCAGAUAUAGAAGAUCUUUCGUUUUUUGAUGAAGUAAAAAUUGAAGAUCCUAGAGUAUAUGAACUAGGGAAUAAAGCAGGACAGCCUAGUCCUUAUCAAAUAUUAGAUGAAUGUCUUAAAAGAAAUUAUGGCUUAGGUGAUACUAAAUGUACAAUGAAUAUGAAAUUAUUAAAACAUCAAAAGAGUGAAUUUACAUUGACUGUUGGAAAACACACAGCUUCUGUGAUUGCUAAAAAUAAACGUGAUGGUAAACAAAGAGCAGCACAAGCUAUAUUACAGUUACUUCAUCCACAUGUGCAGUGUUGGGGUUCCUUGUUAAGACUUUAUGGUAAAAGUUCUGUGAAAGGUCUCAUUGAAAAGAGAGAAGAAUUAAAUAUCAAUCAACUUCAAAAUCAAGAUAAAUCAGUCCAACCCUGUUUAAGUAUUCUAGAAAAAUUAAAAUCUGAAAUGAUGAAGUUACAUUCAGAAAAGGUCAGUUAUUCGGUGUAUUUAGAUAUCAACUUGUUGCUUACCGUACGUUUGCGUGUAUAA